UAAUUCAUCGUCGUGCCAAAUACCAAAAAACAAUAGAAAAAUUGUAUAAUUUAAAUAAAAACAAGACAACUACCAAUGGCUGAUUCGGAUGAUGAAUACGACCGCAAGCGGCGCGACAAGUUUCGUGGAGAACGCGAGAGCUAUAGGACGGAGCGACGGGAUGAGCGUCGCCCCAUAGGUGGUGCUGGCGGAGGCCGGGACGAAUGGCCGGAGCGCAAUCCCUUCAGGGGUGGAGGUGCUGGAGGCGGAGGUGUUCAGCGUCAUCGACCUGAUUACAGCGAUUACCGCGGUCCAGGUCCACGGCCACGAUACGGCUCUCCCGGCCGCGAGAUGCCACCAGCGAAACGUAUGCGUCCUGACUGGGGUGACGGAGAUGGACGCCCAGGUCCACGAUAUGGUGGCUAUGACCCCUAUCUGAUGCAGGCGUGGACCGAUCACUAUCAGUCGAUGCACUCGGCGUACCACCACGCAAGUCACCCACAGCCAGUGCGAGAGCUACCAAUCUUAGGGGGAGACACACUGACUCAGCCGGCUAUGCUGACAUUGAAACAGUUCCUGGACACACAGGACGAGAACAUUUCCGAUUCGGAGGUGAUGCGCAAGUACACCGAAUACAAGACGGACUUUAAGCGGCAGCAGCUGAACGAGUUCUUUGUGGCCCACAAGGAUGAGGAAUGGUUCAAGAAUAAAUACCAUCCCGAGGACAGUGUGAAUCGCAAAGAGGAGCAACGCGGAUUUCUGCGGAGACGCACAGAUGUGUUUGUGGAACUUCUGGAGAAUGGCACCAUUGGCAGCGUCAAGGUAGAUUCCUCCCAUAGCGAUGCGCUGAUCAAGGUUUUGGAUACGUGUGUGAUCAAGCUGGAAGGGGGAACCGACGAGGAUCUUAAGGUUCUCGAUGAGAAGCCAGUAGUCAAGGAUCCGGUUGUCUUCGAGCGAAAGCCAGAGCCAGAUGACACAGCCAAAAUGGUCGAAAAUACGCCCAAGAGUCCCAAGAAAGAGAAGCAAGAGGACGAAGAAAUGCCGCAAAUUGUUUCGCCACAGCGUACAGAGUUGAAGCCAGUAAAUUCGGACGAUGAGAACUGGGAUGAACCUGAAGUGGAAGCUGCGCCUGUGCCUGCCAAAAAAUCGGAGGAGGAGGAGCCAAAAGAGAGCGAGCCGAUUCCGGACAUCCAGCAGACGCAGAAAAAGCAAAAGAAGAAGAAGAUCAAGAAACGCAAGCGAAACAGCAGCAGCGACGAGGAGAGUUCCUCAUCUGAGUCCGAGUCUAGCUCCAGCUCCUCCGAAGAAGAGGAGGACGACGAGAAGCUUAAAGCGAAAUAUGAUGUUGAGGAUGGCCUGAGGGCCGAACAGAAAGCGGAGGCAGAAAAGGAUCAAGCAGAAGCAGCCAAGGCGAAGCAGGGAUCAGCUAGUCCCAAAGAGGAAGCAUCCGCAGAGAAGCCCGCUGCUGAUCCUCCUGCUGCCGAGGGUGAAGCUAAAGAGGACGGUCAGGCAGAGAAAUCACCAAAACCCGAAGAGGAUGAGAAAAAACAGGAAAAUGGAGAUGCCGCAAAGAUAGACCAGACUGCAGCUGAGCCUGGGGAGGACGCUGAAACCGGUGAGGUGAAACCAGUAACCAUUGACCUGGACAAAGUGAAUACUCCGCGGGCCAUGCACCGAACCUCCUCGAUCUUCCUACGCAACCUGGCUCCCACCAUAACCAAGGCCGAGAUUGAGGCCCUUUGCAGUCGCUUCAGCGGAUAUUUGAGAACGGCGAUAGCAGAUCCGUUGGUAGAACGUCGUUGGUAUCGUCGCGGCUGGAUUACGUUCACACGCGAUGUCAACAUCAAAGAGAUUUGCUGGAGCUUGAACAAUCAGCGAUUGCGCGACUGCGAAAUGGGAGCCAUUGUCAAUCGCGACUUGAGUCGGCGAGUGCGUCCAGCCAACGGAAUUACUUCCCACAAACAGGUGGUGCGAUCGGAUAUCAAGUUGUGCGCUCGGAUCGUCAUGAAUCUGGAUGAGAAGUUCAAGCUGUGGUCCGAUAAUCAGCUCAGCAAGCCCUCGCCUGCCAGUGACCCGGAAGCAGCGGUAGCUGGCAAUGGAAGCGGCCCCAGCUAUGGCUUCAAUUCGAAGAAUCCUGUGCUGCAGAACAUCACCGACUACCUCAUCGAAGAGGCUUCUGCGGAGGAGGAGGAGCUCUUGGGACUCUCCGGCGACCGCAAGGACGGUGAGGGCGAGCCCAUCGAGCGCGACGAACAGUUGCUGUCGGUGCUGGAUCGUCUGGUGCUGUACCUACGGGUUGUACACUCGGUGGACUACUACAACCACUGCGAGUAUCCGUACGAGGAUGAGAUGCCCAAUCGCUGUGGCAUUAUCCACGCCCGUGGCCCGGCUCCCUCACGUGUGACCAGCAACGAGCUCAAUGAGUACAUCAAGUCGUACGAGGGUAAGCUGCUGCAAUUUCUGACCAAGACAGCGCUGCUUAGCGAAGAACAGAUCAAAGAUCUCGGUGCCAAAAAUGCCGACACCGAGGUGGAGAAGUUUGUGCAGGCCAACACCCAGGAGCUCGCCAAGGACAAGUGGCUGUGUCCGCUCUCCGGCAAGAAGUUCAAGGGACCCGAGUUCAUCCGCAAGCACAUCUUCAACAAGCACGAGGAGAAGGUCGAGGAGGUCCGCAAGGAGGUGCAAUAUUUCAACAACUAUUUACGCGACCCAAAGCGUCCACAGUUGCCAGAGCAUCCCGGCAGCGUGAAGCGUCCUGAACAGGAGUCUGCUCGUGGACCCGGAGGAUACCGUCCGCCGAUGUAUACCCCAAUGGCUGGAAUGCCUUAUGGCUUUGGAGGCCAUAUGAUGGGUGGUGGUGGCCGUGGUGGACGCCACUUUGCGCCCGCUCGCAGGGAAUUGCCUUUGGAACACCAGCGCCGGCUUGUCGGUUACCAUGAUUUGGAUGCGCCCGCAAAUUCCGAUAUAUUUGACUAGUUGAUUAGACCAAAUGCAUUGCCAAGUACACAAACAAAAUGAAAAUGAAAUCUGAUCCGAUCUGAUGAUUCCGUUUCCAGCAUUGAGUUCCAGCAAUGCUCCCGAGAAAGAGAAAGAUAAAGAACAAUCCAAUGCAAAUUAUAAAGCUGAUUUAUAUAUGAAAACCGACCGCUAUCUGAUUUCGUGUACAAUGUUUUGUCAAUUGUAUUUAGAAACCGUCUUAACUAGAAUGACGUUGCCGAAACGGGCAAAGCCAUAGACUAAAUAAAUAAACAUGUAAUAUUCCACAAA